GUUAACAAUGUCCUGAAUUUAAACAGGUCAAUGAAAAAUGUCAGUCUUUUGUGUUCAUUAUUUGCAAAAAUAAUUAAUAACUUUAAAUGUACGUAAACAAAUCGGGUUGUAUAUAUGUGCAAAGUGCAGACUAGAAUUCGGUAGCGAUCGCUGCUUUUUCGAUAUACCUACCUAUAUUCAGUUAACCUAAAUUGAUCAAAAAAUGGCAAGUAAUGGUUUGGAUUGUUACUACUGCUGUGAAAUUUGCGGUUUGGAAGGCCUAAGCGAGGAAGAAUUUAGAACCCACACGCAUACGGCACAUGUAGAGGGGUAUGGCGUAUGCCCUUUCUGCGAACUUAGUUCCGUGUCGCCCGCCGAACUCAUUUUACAUGUUAAUCAGGCUCAUUUGGAUUUUUUGACUCCCGAAUCUGAACAGAACAUAAGUUUCAUCGAUGAUCCUAGUCCUAGUGAGAUUAAUGGUUUCCAUGGUGAAACCAGCGUCAAUUGGAACAAUCCAGCCACUUUUUCAAAUAAGAAUCUCAAUGAUGAAAAAGUCAAUGGAAAAUCGGGAAUCUCAAAUAUUAAUCUCAAUGCAAAAAUAAAUGGUGGUGGUGAGAUAAGUCCUCAAAAUUCGAGCCACGGCCAUGGGUCUCCAUUAAGAUCUAACUUAGGGUUAAAAUUAAAAAGCUCAACCCCUGCCUUGCAAUGUCCUAUAUGCAACUAUGCUAGUCAUAGUCCCAAUGAUUUAGAGGAGCAUGUUAACAGGCGACAUUUCGACUUGACAUCACCCUCAGUCGGCGUAGUUAGUAAAGCGGAGGUCUUCUGUUGCCCGCUGUGCGUGAAAUCGUUUAACUCCGCCCCCGACCUUGAACUUCACGUCAACAUCGAGCAUCGAGACGUGCUGUCGCCUGCAAGCCCGGCGAUCCACGCCUGUCCUGUGUGCGGGAUAGCCCUGGAUAAACAGCUCAAUAGUGAAGUGGCCCAGCGUCACGUGGAAUCUCAUUUCCCUGUCAGUUCGCCUCAGCCAGUAGACAGAGCCGCUUUACGGGAACGAGAGCAACGCGAGUUCGAGCUGCUGCGCGCGCAAUACGGCAUGGACAAUCAGGGUAAUUUCCGCGAACAGUCGGUCACCAACAUGCAAAGGGCGGUUUAUGCCGGCGAGAUGAGCGUCGCGGAUUACUAUGAGAGGACGCUCGACUUAAAAGCUGCGGAGAGCAGCGGCAUAGACGACGGUAGCUCUGUCACGAGAAGUAUAGUGCCGAGGGUGAGGGCGAUCAGCAGCAACGCGGCCAACGUGGCCCGCACCCUGUUGUGCACGUGCGUGGACCACUACGCGUCGUCAUACGGCGACCGGGGGUGGGGCUGCGGUUACCGAAACGCGCAGAUGUUGAUAUCGAGCCUGCUCACUCAUACCGGUUACAACGAACGACUCUAUCAAUUGUGGCGCGGCGAGAAACCGCCCCGCAGCUCAGUACCUAGCAUAUCACGGUUGCAGGGCCUCAUCGAAGAGGCCUGGUCCAAAGGGUUCGACAUUCAAGGUUCCGAGCAGCUCGGCUGCAAGCUGGUGAACACCAGAAAAUGGAUAGGGGCGACCGAAGUGAUGACGCUUUUGUCCUAUUUACGUAUCCGUUGCCAGUUGGUCGAUUUCCACAAAGCGACGGGACCGGACGGCUCCCAUCCGGAGCUCUUCCGGUGGGUGCUCAAGUACUUCGAGAACGGCGGCGAUUUCGCGCCUCCGCUCUACCUGCAACACCAGGGCCACAGCAGGACGAUCAUGGGCGUGGAGGUUCACCGCAACGGCGGCCUGAUCUUGUUGGUGCUCGAUCCGAGCCACUCGCCGCAACAGAUGGCGCAGCUGGGCGAUACUAGCUGCGCGGCCGCAGCACUCCGGUUGCUGCGCAAAAGUGAGGCCGCGAUGAAAGCGACGCAGUAUCAGAUCGUAGCUGUCGUCGGUACGAUCGACAACGAGAAACAGUAUCAGAAUAGUAAAAUCCUGCGAGGUACGCGGAUCCCGGACGACCCGCAGGAAACGUGAGGUCGAUCAGUUCCCAGCUUUAACCGCUUUUGGGCCGGUCAACGGAGUAUAAAUCAAGUGUUUCCUUGAGAAAUGUAGUAGUUUAGUACCGAGAGCGACCGUGUCAUCAUGCGGACUUGCCUUUUUGUUUUUUGUUAAAAACAUCGGAAAAUAUUGCUUUUGAUUUUUUCACGAAAGUGUAUUAGAAUUACCGUUCGAUGGCACCAUCGCCCGAAAAAAAAAUCCUCUAUUGAUUCGCCCAACGCGACCCUUAAAAAAUAUCGCUUGAAGUUUUCGAAUGAAUUUUUCAUUACGUUUCACCACCUUCUGCUGUUCAAUAUGAUAUAAUAGGUUUAUAAGGAUUUAAAAUUUUAAAUUCACGCGUGUUUCGAUUUUCUCGAGCAGGGGCGCGCGGCGUAAGCGACAGCCUUCAGGUGAUGCAAAAAAAAUGUAUUAUUGAAUUUAACGGUUUCUAAAUAUGGAAUAUAGUUCGUAACUGUGUUUGAUGAUCAAAAUAAUGCAAAGUAUUAUGUUAAUUGUGGCGCUUCCCUGUGUCACUAAUCGCCGCACGCCACUGCGGAAAAGUGUGGGACCGAGCGCUCGAUUUUUUUA